GGACGAAGCGGAAGAGGGGGGACAGGACGCAGAUGAUUUUGAGGACGUUAUGAGAGUGGACAUGUCGACGUCCCCCUUCUUCUUAUUGAUGUGAUUGUGAUCAUGGUCAUGCUCUUCUCAACUACAUAAGGUCAGCUUGCGAAGUGGAGCUUUAUUCGCAUGGCAAAUCCAAGCCAGCACUGCAGUGCAGUCUUUUCGGUAGUUGUCACGCAAAUGCGGGCAAAGUGCCGUUAUAGGAUUUAGCAUUUACCAUGACAAAUGGGAGGGGGAGCAGUAGUUGUACACUUUCAUAGACGUCUUCGCCUUUCUCGACGGCACCGACGAAAAUGGGCAGAAGUUGGAGGAUUGGUAGAGCCGGAACGAUAUAAACAGGCACGACUUGUUGUUGCUGCUUCUUGAGAAAGGGUGCUCGAGCUAGGGAAGGAAGAAGAGGCUUUUAAGAAUUCUGCUUCUUUGCCAUUUUGCUUGAGAAAAUAUGUAAUUUUCCGCGUCGUCGGUAGUUAAAGGCUUGCUUCCUUGUACCACUAGGGUGGUCGUGUAAGAAUCUACUACCCCACCUGAGAUGAAAUAACUGGCGUUUACGUACUAAACCGCCUCAUUGGGAGGAAGUACAACUAGAAGAAGCGUUUGAUUGAUCCAGAUCCACGUAUAAUUAGACGAUUAGAUGAACAUCAAGAAUUUGCCACGUAUUAUUCAUUGAUACCACAAGCGGAUGAAGUUUGAAAAUCGAAUGCUUCGGUU